CACACAAGCGCUCAGGCUGUGCCGUCGGCGAGGACAUGCAGGUAUCAUGACCCUGCUCCAGGACAACCUCAAAACCAAUCCCCUGACAACAAACACCUCUUCCACAGCUGAAUUUUAAGGCAGCCUUUUCAAAAACAUGACGAGGAAUCUCUGAGGAAGUUUUUCUUCUGUUUUUAAUCUUACCACAAUUGAAUCAUCCUCAAACUCAGGGAUUGUUACAGAAACAUGAGUGUGAAGAGGAAAAAGACCGGGCUGAUCAUCAGCUGGCAGAAGUCGUUUUCCAUCCUGCCUCCUUGGAGGAAAGGGAAAGGAGACAAAGAUGCAGUAGUGAACACUGAGGUUGUCCUCACCAAAAUGAAGCUCUUCAGCAAUUUCCAUGAGAGGCUUCUGAUGGCUGACGACUCUACAUCAACCACCUCCACAGUGUCGGUUUCAGAACGGGUGAUUUCCAGUCUUGAUGACAAGAGACAGCCUCGGGUGGAGUGUGACUCUAACUACCUGUCUGCCGUUUUCCCAGACUCUGAGCUGCAGAGGUUGUACAAGUUUGAGUCAGAGGACUCUGGAGUGGAGCUGCCCAGUGGAGCUAACUCUCCGUCCACCCCUACAAGCUCUGAGCAGAGCUUCAUGGUCCACAGUCGGGAAUCUUCCUGCAACUCCUGCAACCUAAACUCUGACUCUACCACUCUGCCUGUUAAACUAGCCAGAUAUGCACAGAGCUCUGAGAUUAAAAAGGCAGCGGACUCGAUGGAUAAUAGUCUGAGUAGAGCAGUGGAUACUCAGGAUAAUGUGUUCAUACACUCAGAGGAACUCAGUCCAGCGGUGCAGCUGUUGCACAUAGGUGAGGACGUGGAUGGAGAGCAGUGUAGGGCUUCAGGGAUCAGCCCUGAAGGAGACGAGGAGAAGUGUGGACAGCUCGAGGAGAAUAGUGCUGUGACUGAAAGGACCUGCUUAGAGCCUGGGAGGCAAGGGACCUGUGAUGACAUGACGGGCAGAGAGCCUGUAAGGAGGAGGGGCACCAGUGACAGCCUGGAGGAGUACAUGGACCAAUGUUGCAGACUUAGUGAGCUACAGCACACCAGUUCCAGCCCCCGGGGUUCAGGCCUGGGCUACCUGGAGCACAUCUGCCAACUCAUGGAGAAGAUCAGCCAGCUCCAGGAGACCAACCUUCAGCUGCAAAGGCAGAUCUGCAGCCUGCAGAAGGACGGCAGGGUGACCAAGACCAGAGUGGAUUUUUUCCGGCAGCACUGCAGCUGUGGUACAGCUAGCCUGGGUUUCCAGGAGAUUCAACAAAGACACUCCAGAGAUGAGGUUUUGUCACCCAGUGGAACACUUUCUGACCUGUCCACCAUCCACGAGGUCGCCCGACAUCCACUCAUAUCAACCAGGACAGACCUGAGCAGUGAAGGUGUGAUACCCAUCCCACUGUGGAAGAGAGGCUUGAACCGAAGGAGUAACAUUGAGGGGGAGGUCAGCUUCCUCGGGGGCAGCACAGAAAAACUCUCCAUCCCCCAGCGCAGACUGAGUGAAAACUAUACAUGGGACAGAGUCAAAGACCUUGUGAGGAAAACUAAGUGGAGAAACCAAAGCAGGCUGGGACUGACCUCCACCUCACUGAAGAUGUCCUGCCCACAACUCUACAUGUCUGAUCUGGAAUCAGAAGAACCUGCUGGCAGAAACAGGAACUCCAUGGUUGCCUUGGGCCACCAGAGCAAACUGGACUUACCUUGGCUAGAAUAGGCAUACAGGUCCAGUUUGUUUCACAUGGGGAAGAGGAGGACACCAAAAAAUGACCAAGAGAUGAUUCAAGACAUGAAAAGAAACUAUGAAAAAGAAGAAAGGAGAAAAUGAAGAAGAAAAAACUGAUGUGAUUAAAGGAUUCCUGUAUGAGAUGCUGUUGCUGCAAGUAAUGGACAAAGAGUGUUUAUGAGUACUGUACAUUGAUUGCAGUGUACAUGAAAAGUAUAAAGGACGUUCUCAUGAAAUUAAAUCGAGGUAACUAAACAGUAUGUGUAAAAUUAUCUACACUGUGACAUAAUUUAACGAGAUUAUAUUCUGUUUGUAUUAUUUAUUCUUCUAUAGGUUUCCAUUUGGAUGCUGCAAAAUUUGUAACAAUCCAACUAAUGUGAAACAUACACAUAUUUCAUAACUUUCCAUUUUAUAUUACGUUGCAGAUUUGUUCCAGCAAAUAACUGCUUGAUAUAGUGUGCGUGUGAUGUUGCAUAACCAGAGUGCAUGCAGAGAUAAUGUGAAUAAAGAAUGCAAGAGAAAGACCCUCCAAA